AUGGUGGGUGAGGAGAAGCACAUAUAUGGGCCGUGUGCAGAGGGCAGGGAAGCUCUCCGUGAAGGUGGCACUGGUGGGGACCAGAAGUCCUGGGAGCAGAACCCCACACCGGCUUUCCCUCGGGAGAAGCCCGGUGAACCUGGCUGGAUCUGGCAGAGGGAGGACACCAUGGCCAAUGAAACAACCGGCUUCGACUUCCAAGCUCUCACUUUCCAACCCGGGCCUGGCAGGGUGGCUCCCGCAAAGAAGGAUGGAGACAAGAAGAAGGGCCGUUCUGCCAUCAACGAGGUAGUAACCAGAGACUACACCAUCAACAUUCACAAGCGCAUCCAUGGAGUGGGUUUGAAGAAGCAUGCCCCUCGGGCACUCAAAGAGAUCCGGAAAUUUGCUAUGAAGGAGACGGGAACCCCAGAUGUGCGCAUCGACACCAGGCUCAACAAAGCUGUCUGGGCCAAAGACAAGGAAAUUCCAUACCGUAUCCACAUGCGGUUGACCAGAAAACGUAACAAGGAUGAGGAUUCACCAAACAAGCUCUGUACGCUGGUUACCUAUGUACCUGUCACCACUUUCAAAAAUCUACAGACUGUUAAUGUGGAUGAGAACUAA